CAAGUCGUUGCUGGUGGUGGGUCGUCGCCGUGUAUAACCCAACCUGAAGCACUUUACAUCGCCGAGAAGUCGGGGGAACCUGCUUUCAGAAAACACUCAGUCUAGCAUUCUCUCCGUAGCCUUGUCUACUUAGUGUAACUCUGAAAAUCGCGAGAUACGGAACGCGCGUUCGCCGUUUUACGUUUUGUUCUUUCAUUUUUUCCGUUUUAAGUGGAACUUCCUAAGGUACCACCUUCCACAUACCCUUCCCUCAACCGGAAUAUCAAACUCGUAUCACGAAAUCAAAGUGAAACGGUGUGUAUAUUAUAUCACCAACGAAGGAGGUGUUUCUUGAUUUGAUUAGCGCUUCUUGAUAGCAUUUAGGAGUGUAUGUAAAUAAAGUGACAGCGGCAGACCAGGUUGAAAAUGUUACCCAGGACCCUCUUUCUUCUUCUCCUGUCCGUCUACUUCGCGGGACACUUACCAUCGGCGCUUACCUGCAACGAAGCCGUAUGCGGCAGCGUGGUAAGCAAAUGUCUGCUCACCAAAUCGUGUAAUUGCGACUUUAAUUUUGGCAAUUGCACUUGCUGCAAGGAGUGUCUUAAUUGCCUGGGCUACUUUUAUGAUGAGUGUUGCAGUUGUGUUGACAUGUGUCCGAAACCGAACGUAACGAACAACCCCUUAAGCAAAAAAUCCCACGUGGAAGACCUGGAGUCCAUUCCUGGACUGUUUAACGCCCUCACAGAGGAGGACAACAACACUCACUCGCACGACAAAUGGAAAAGCAUCACUUACCCGGUGGACAUCGAUAUCAGUCAAUACGCCAAUAAGAAGGAAAUCAAAUUGAUGACUCAGCAGAAUAACGAGCAGCAAGUGCUACCGGAAAAACCGAAUCCGCACGUUUUCACGGUGAAUUGCACGGUGGCAUUUUGGGUGCAGUGCAUGAGUUCCACCAAGUGCAAGAGCAGCUGUAGAGCGAUGGGCGCGGCCAGCUACAGGUGGUUCCACGAUGGCUGUUGCGAGUGCGUCGGCUAUAAGUGUAUUAACUAUGGGAUUAACGAGAGCAGGUGUAGCUCAUGUCCCUCCGACGACAUGACCCAAGACGAAAACACCAUCGAGGACGACGAGGACAUCGAUUACGGAGAAGGCGACGACGAAGACGACGAAUUCACCGAUCAAUAAACAAAAAAAAAAAUUGCACACACAAAAAAUCGAUUCUCAAAUGUUUAAAUUCAACCCGGUAUGUUAAAAACAUACCGCGGUGCGUUCGGUCAGUAUUGAACAAACGCCAUAAAAUCGCUUUAUUAUAUUUUUAUGAAUUUACAAACGCAUUUAUUAGUUUAGGAGUAGUAGGUCAGGCCUAAUAUUUAUAACGAAAAAAAAUUAUAUAUAUAUAGUGACUUAAGGAUACAUAUAUGAACGGUUGUAAAUAUAGAGUGUAAAUUUUUUGUACAGUUUACAAAAGUGAUUUAAUUCAACUCGGAAAAUUUGCAUUUUUUAAUGCGGACAAGAAAAUUGUAUUGAUUGGUUAGAUCUCGGAUGCAGUCAAACGAAUGAUAUUAAACUUUGUUGGGACAAUA